CACUGUACUCAGCACAAAGAAACUUCCCUUCAAAAAAAAAAGUUACCCUCUCUCUCUCUCUCUCUCUCUCUCUCUCUCUCUCUCUCACAUUUAUUAACCUCAACGUUCCCAAAUUUUGAAACAAACCAGCUCGCAACAAUGUCCCAUCUAAACGGCGCCUACUACGGCCCCGCCGUUCCCCCGCCGAAAUCCUACCACCGUCCCUCCCACGGCGGCGGCGGCGGCGGCCGCGACGGCUGCUGCUGCGGCUGCCUGAGCUGCUUCUGUGGCUGCAUCUUCGACUGCAUCCUCGGCCUAAUCUGCAAGAUCCUGACCACAGUCAUCAUAAUCCUGGCAGUUCUCGCUUUUCUGUUCUGGUUUAUCGUGCGCCCCAACGUGAUCAAAUUCCACGUCACAGACGCCUCCCUCACGCGCUUCGACUACACCACCAACAACACUCUCCACUAUGACCUCACUCUCAACGUGUCGAUCCGCAACCCGAACCGCAGGGUCGGCGUCUACUACGAUCAAAUCGAAGCGCUCGCGCUGUACGAGGAUGUUUUGUUCGGGAACCUGACAUUGGGUUCUUUCUACCAGCACCACAAGAACACCACCUUCGUGAGUCCCAUUUUCAAGGGCCAGCGCGUGACUCCACUCGCCAAGGUCCAGGUUUCGGAGUUUGACAAGGAAAAGGGUUCUGGGGUUUACACCAUAGAUUUGAAGCUCUUCAUGACGGUUCGGUUCAAGUUCUUGCUGUUCAAGAGUGGGAGUUUGAAGCCCAAGAUUCGGUGUGCGUUGCACGUGCCACUGAAAUCGCGUAACGCAACAACCUCUCCGGACGCUGCGUUUCAACCCACUGAGUGCGAUUGGGAUUACGGGAAAAAGUGGUGGAUCCAUUAGAUUCAUUAUCCCGGGCUUCUUUUUUUUUUUUUUUAUAUUCCUUGCGAAAUUUCUUGCUUUAUUGUUGAUUUUUGUUAGGUGGUGUAUAUCUUGAUGACAUUUGUUCCCUGAUUGAAACGUUAAUUUUACUUUUGAUAUAUAUGUUAUGAAUUUCUUUUUAAUAUAUA